UCUCUCUCUUUCUUUUUUGUAACUCUUCCUCUUCUUUCCCCCAACAAUUCAGAUUUUUUUUUUGUUCCUUAUUCCCUAAUUCUCUGUCUUAAUUCUGAAAUUCUAGGGUUUUUUUUUUCUCCAACGAGAGAGAGAAAAGAUUCUAGAUUUUUAGCGAUGGGAUGUUUCGGACGCACCGCGAAAUCGAACAAACGAUCAGAGAUCAAAAACACGACGAAGAAUGAUGUUUCCCCUAAAAAACUCACCAUCGAUUCAAACAUCGUCGAUAAGAACGUUAAUCGAGACAAUCAAACGCAACCCAGCUCAGAUUGUUUGAAAGUUAGUCUAUGUGGAGAUGUAAACAAGGAAGUAGUAAUCAAAGAGGAUCAAUUAGCUUUGGAUGCAAAGGAUACUUUGGUUGAAGAUGAAGUUUCAGGGAAGAAAGCACAGACUUUUACAUUUGAACAACUCGCUGUUUCUACCGGAAACUUUAAGUCGGAUUCUUUUCUAGGUGAAGGAGGGUUUGGAAAAGUUUACAAAGGUUUCAUUGAGAAGAUCAAUCAGGUUGUUGCGAUUAAGCAACUUGAUCGGAGUGGUUCUCAAGGAAUUAGGGAAUUUGUGGUUGAAGUGAUGACGUUAAGUCUUGCUGACCAUCCGAAUCUUGUGAAGCUUAUUGGAUUUUGUGCUGAGGGUGUUCAGAGACUAUUGGUGUAUGAGUACAUGCCACUUGGAUCUUUGGAAAAUCACCUCCAUGAUCUUCCCCAUUGUAAAAAACCGCUUUCUUGGUACACUCGAAUGAAAAUUGCGGCUGGUGCAGCGAGAGGUCUAGAGUAUCUCCACGAUACUAUAAAGCCUCCUGUGAUCUACCGUGAUCUUAAGUGUUCGAAUAUCUUGCUCGAUGAAGGAUACCACGCAAAACUCUCAGAUUUCGGGUUAGCUAAAGUAGGACCAAGAGGGGCUGAAACACAUGUAUCCACAAGGGUUAUGGGAACAUACGGAUACUGUGCUCCUGAUUACGCAUUAACAGGUCAACUCACAUUCAAAUCAGAUGUAUACAGCUUCGGAGUUGUUCUUUUGGAGCUUAUCACUGGAAGGAAAGCUGUUGAUAACACGAGAGCACGUAAUGACCAAUGUCUAGUCGAAUGGGCACGUCCGUUGUUUAAAGAUAGAAAGAAUUUCAAGAAAAUGGUUGAUCCAUUGAUGGAAGGAGAAUAUCCAAUUAGAGGAUUGUACCAAGCGCUUGCUAUAGCUGCAAUGUGUGUUCAAGAACAGCCUAGUAUGAGACCGGUGAUUGCAGAUGUAGUAAUGGCUUUGGAUCAUUUAGCUUCUUCCAAAUAUGAUCAUGGUCAUAGACGAAAGCAAACCAAUGUGACAGAGACGAGAGCCGAUGAUGAAGAGAAAAUAUUACCCGAAUCUAAUGUUUGUGUGGAGGAGAAACAAGAAGAGAUCAAGAUUUGCUCAGAUCAAGCCGAUGAUUAAACGAAACAAAAUAUUAUUUUUUGAUAAUUUUUCUUGAUUUGUAGAAAUGCUUCGUUUAUGUAAGCAACAGUUUUGUUCGAUUUCACAAGACGUCGAUUUUAGAAAUACGCAAAAACCAAAAA